CAAAUAUAUUCAGCAUGGGACUACACCAGCGACAUCUGUCCAAUUUUUAUAAACUGCACCAGCGCUCCAUAAAAACUAAGAGGAUUUUAUAAAUACGCACAUUUGCACAAUUUUGUGAAGAAGGCGCACAAGCUAUAUAUCUUUUUAUACUAAAAAGUAAACCGUUACUAAACAUACGAAAUAAUGUCCUCCACAAAAGCUGAGAGCGCCGCUGGCUCCAAUCCAUCAGCGACUGCCUUUGGCUCAACCCUAGCUGGCAGUGCAUUCCAAUUGCCCGUGAAUAUGCACGGCCAUGCCCAAAUCACUUCGAAUGGCAGCCACUGCCACAGUACUAAUGGCACAACAACAACAACCACCACAACAACAACACGCAACAAUGUAUCCGUCACGAAUAUUAAAUGCGAAAUGGAUGAGAGUAUUGCGUCAUCGCUAACGCCCAAUGGCAAUAUAGUGCCGGUCAUAGCUGCAACAGGCGCUGCCAGCUACUAUAACGGUGCAAGUAGUGGAAUUGGUGGUGUUGGUAUACGGAUACCUGUCACGAAGGCGGAAGAUUCCGACUCUGAGACUGAGUUGACGAACAUUGAGAAUUUAAAAGUGACGCGACGCGCGCAUAGCAGCAAUGCGGACGUCAGCACGCCUGGUGCGGCUGGUGGCGGCAGUAAUACAAACGCUAAUCAUAACAAGAAUGGACCGCGUCCCAUGUCCUGGGAAGGGGAACUCUCCGAAACGGAGACGACUGAAACGGAGCUUAUGGAAACGGAGAAUUCGUUAAGUAAUAGCGGCAUAGCGCCGAGCAUGUUGAGCACAAACAAUGGCAGUAUUGGUAGUAUAGGCGUGGCGGUGAUUAAAAGCGAGGCGACCACCACAACCCCCGCACAGACUUUGCCGCCAACGCCGACACAUCCCAUCAAGCCUGAACAAAUGGAACAAAUUUCCGUUGAGGUGCAUGCUGGUGCAGCGGCGCUUGCACCGUCGCGCACCGGCUUGGGUAGCAGCAGCAGUGCCGGAAGUCUUUAUUCCACACCGCACACAAAGCUCGCACCCACGCAAAGUGAUCCCAUUAAUCUGAAGUACGAUCCCGAUGCCAACGCUACGGGGCUUAUCACAGCUGGCGGAAAUGUAAACUCGCCACUUUUGGCGCGUAACAAAUCAGCCACCCUGCCACUUCCUGCCAAUCCCAGCCCAGACUCUGCCAUACAUUCCGUCUAUACGCACAGCUCACCAUCCCAGUCGCCAUUGACGUCGCGCCACGCACCCUACACGCCAUCGCUGAGUCGAAACAAUAGCGACGCAUCGCACAGCUCAUGCUACUCUUACAGUUCAGAGUUCAGUCCAACACAUUCACCCAUACAGGGCAGACAUGCGCCACCGGUGCCAGCACUCUACGGCAGCUUCAAUGGCUCGCUGCACCACUCAGUGCUCUACCGACCCAUUACGGUGGAUAGUGGCGGUGGCGGUGGCGGCGGCGCUGGUAACGGCAAUGCCGUUCUUGCCAGCAACGCGGAGGCACAGAACCUAAGCAUGGACACGAAGGUCUCGCCGCUCAACAUGGGUCUGGAGGGUUUGCCUGCCUCACCGGCUGGUAUUUCGCGUCAACAGCUCAUAAACUCGCCUUGUCCCAUUUGCGGCGAUAAAAUCUCCGGCUUCCACUACGGCAUCUUCUCGUGUGAAUCGUGUAAGGGCUUCUUCAAGCGCACCGUCCAGAAUCGCAAGAACUAUGUAUGCGUACGCGGCGGCCCAUGUCCGGUAAGCAUUUCGACGCGCAAGAAAUGUCCCGCUUGUCGUUUCGAAAAAUGUCUGCAGAAGGGCAUGAAACUUGAGGCGAUACGUGAAGAUCGCACGCGUGGUGGACGCUCCACGUACCAAUGCUCGUACACAUUGCCCAAUUCGAUGUUGAGUCCGCUAUUGAGUCCGGAACAGCAGGGUGUUGCGGCAGCGGUGGCAGCAGCUGCUGCGGCAGCAGCCAGCCAACAGCAGCAGCACCAGCAACAGGGACGACUUGGCGGUGGCGCGCAAAUGACGCAUUCAAUGUCUGCACAGCAGCAGCAGCAUCAUCACACGCUGAACGGACUGGCUGCGGGUUUGGGUGGUGGGGGGCACGCCACAAUCAAGUCGGAACAGUGUGAUGAAGGAGCUACCGCGCCGGCGCGUGCAACAAACAUUCCUAUGCUGCUGCAGGAAAUCAUGGAUGUUGAACAUCUGUGGCAGUAUAAUGAAGCCGAAUUGGCGCGUCUCAAUCAACCGAUCUCUACAUCGUCUUCCUCCUCUUCCAAUGCCUCUACCGCCUCGACGUCCACUGCGACUGGUGGUGGUGGUGGCGUUGCUGCUGCUGCUAUCAAUACACAAAUGACAAACCCUCUGCUGGCCAGUGCUGGUUUCGGUAACGGUGAAAAUGCCAAUCCCGAUCUUAUUGCACACCUGUGCAAUGUGGCCGAUCAUCGACUGUACAAGAUCGUCAAAUGGUGCAAAAGUUUGCCGCUCUUCAAGCAUAUUUCGAUCGAUGAUCAAAUUUGCUUGCUGAUCAAUUCAUGGUGUGAAUUGUUGCUCUUCUCGUGCUGUUAUCGUUCGAUCGAUACGCCGGGAGAGAUUAAGAUGUCACAAGGCAAGAAGAUUGACUUAGCGCAGGCAAAAUCAAGUGGCUUACAGGUGAGCAGCAAGCUAAGAAAUGCCUGCAUUGAACGAAUGCUGAACCUGACAGAAAACUUGAGACGCCUACGCGUCGAUCGCUAUGAAUAUGUUGCCAUGAAAGUGAUUGUGCUGCUGCAGUCGGACACCAGCGAAUUGCAGGAGCCCGUCAAGGUGCGUGAAUGUCAAGAGAAGGCGUUGCAAGCCUUGCAGGCCUACACGCUUGCGCACUAUCCAGAUACGCCGUCCAAAUUUGGUGAACUACUGCUACGCAUACCAGAUCUGCAAAAGACAUGCCAGCUCGGCAAGGAGAUGCUCACCAUAAAAUCACGUGAUGGCGGUGAUUUCAAUUUACUUAUGGAACUGCUACGNGCGCAUACCAGAUCUGCAAAAGACAUGCCAGCUCGGCAAGGAGAUGCUCACCAUAAAAUCACGUGAUGGCGGUGAUUUCAAUUUACUUAUGGAACUGCUACGUGGAGAACAUUGACAAAUGCUCUUGAAAAGUGUGCGUAGAAAGAAGCAACUGCAAAAACAACAAGAGCAAGUAGACGCAGCAACAAGGGCAGCGCAAGAUUGCCGCCAACUGCUCCAAUGGCGAAGUGCAAUGGAAUUAGCCGCAAGAAAGGCAAUUGAUUGUGCUUGAAGAGGAGAAAAGGAAGCCCAGAAAGAGGGAGAGGGAGCAGCAGGUAUAUGAAAUCUGCCGCAAUGCUUCCAGAUAGUAAACAAAAAAUAUACAAACAGAGAUGCUCGACGUGGAGCGGCUGAAACGAAGACAGCUUAAAUUUAUAUGAAGAAAAUAUAUAAAAUCUAUAUAUUAGUAAAUGUUAGUCAAUUAAGUAAAUAAGAAAACGC